GUCGGCGCGUGUUUUGGCGCACUGCACAUUCAGCCAUUUUUACGGCAAAACUCAGAGCUAUAGCUCUUACAUCUGUGUUUUGUGCCGAACUGGAUUUUAAGUGCCUGUUUACUAUUACUACAGCGUUGUUUUUAUUUUGCCUUUGAUUGUGUGGAAGGGGGAGGUGUAGGAGGCAGCUAAAUUUCAAGUUGCCUUCCUUGGUUGUGGCAGUUGGCCACAGCUGAAAGUGAGAGUCGCACCACAGUAGCGAAUGCUAUCAUUGCGGCUGGUGUCUUGUCGAUUUCUGAAGCAACCAUAGAAACUGUUUCACUAUGUUUGUUGACCAUGAUCACUCUGUCACCUCUACGGACUAGGAUCUGGUUUAUAAUCAUCAGAUCUCUCUUUAAUUAACCUUCCCAACAGACUUGGUUUGUGUCAAGUCAAGAGUCCUCUGUAUUAAUUUCUACUUAAUUGUUAAUAGUGGUCUCGUAUUUUGUUGUACGUUAUUGCUUAAGUAGAUUAGUAGUCUUUGGUCUAGAAUUUUGUUUUGAAAGAUCUGUUUUGCAGAGGACAUUAUAGAGCAUGAGAGCACCACUGUGUUCUGAUGCAACAGAUUUAUGCCCUGAUGAUCAGGGUUUAAUUGUCUCUGAGAACGAGAGCCAGAGUGAGAUUCACGCAAUUGAGAAAUCUCUCGAAAAAAGUCAUACCAGCAAGACAUCCGUGUUUGGAAUUUGUCUUGAUAAUCUCAUGGGAACUACUCCGCAAGUUGCUCCCCAGAUCCCUUUCAUACUGUCUCGUCUCUGCCGUUAUAUUGAAGAACAUGGUUUACAACAAAAGCAUCUCUUUUUAGAGGGAGAAGAGAAAGAUAUAGUAGAGUCUUUAAAAAUUGAAUUUAUAGAAUCUGGAGAUGCACCUUUAGAAACUGUAGGUAAUGUUGCUUCUGUUGCAAAGCUGCUCAUCAUUUUCUUUGAGGAUUUGCCUGAACCUUUGAUUCCAGUAUCGGCUCAGCCUGAUUUUGUGAAAGAUAUGGAAAAUCUUUCUCUAAGCUCUCCAGAUUGUGUAUCAAAAUUAAAGCAAAACGUCAGUAAGCUCCCUGAAUCUGCUUACCAUGUUUUAAAGUAUUUAUCUCGUUUCCUGCUACGUGUAGCUUGCAAUAAAAAAUACAAUGGUAUGAGCUGUGAUGACUUGGGAAUCAUAUUUGGUCCUCUUUUGUUCAGGCCAUCAUCAAAAGAUCCUCUGGUCCUUAUCAGGGUGAAAAAUGUUGUAAACUAUCUUGUACGAGACUACCAUGCAAUAUUUGAAGAUGAUACUAAAACAGUGAUUCUGAAUGAGACUAGAAGCUUGAAAGCCCCCUGUGUGAUUUCUGAUAAAAAGCAUCGGAAGCAG